CGCGACCCAAAAGCCGUCAUCACCAAAGAUGAGAAUCUGUCGUGGGAGCACUUCAAUGAAGCUGCACCCCACAUGAUUGCAGCUAUGAAACAGCACGAGUGGCCAGAAGACAGAGUCACCAUGCAUAUUCAAUUCUGGACAGUGCUUCAGAACCAU